CAAUAUCCUAUCCUAUCCAGUCGGGUGCAAAACCGCGUGGUGGUCGACCAUGUCUGAUGAAACAAGAACAAAACUUCUAGAUCUUAUCAAAGAUCAGGGAGAAGUAGUGCGAAAAUUGAAAGCAGCUAAAGCUGAAAGUGCCAAGGGAUUACCAGAUUUGAUAGAUUUAAAUUCUGAGCUAGCUGAUUUGAAUGAAGAGCUCGCUAAUGUGAGCUUUGUCUGCAAUUGGCAACCAACUUCAAAGGAUAUUGAACUGUUUGAUGCUUGUAGCAAUUACGAGUAUGGCAAGCUAUGCAAAUUACCACACUUAAAAAGAUGGUUUGACCAUCUCCAAAGCUACUCCGAAGCUGAACGUCUUACCUUCCCUUUACCAUGCCGUAUUACUUCUUCCUCAUUUCCUAUGUCUUCUUCUUUGGUGGAGAAAGUUGAGCGCUUGACUGGCACCUGUAACAAUGACCCUAAAAACAUUGACAAAAAGAUAGCAGAGGAGGUGGCAAAGUUACUAGACUUGAAAGCACAAUUAGGUGAUGAGAAUGCAGGUCCUCAAAAACUCAUUCUCAAGACCCCGAAGGGGACCAGAGAUUACAAUCCAGAACAAAUGGCACUAAGAUUGGGAGUAUUAGAAAAAAUAGUUGCAAUAUUUAAACGCCAUGGAGCGGAAACAAUCGAUACACCUAUAUUUGAAUUGAAGGAAGUUCUUACUGGUAAAUAUGGAGAAGAUUCAAAACUCAUCUAUGACUUGAAAGACCAAGGUGGAGAAAUUUUAGCUCUGAGGUAUGAUCUGACUGUUCCAUUUGCCAGGUACUUGGCAAUGGGCAAAGUUUCUACGAUCAAAAGGUACCACAUUGCCAAAGUUUACCGUAGAGACAAUCCUGCUAUGACCAAGGGCAGGUACCGUGAAUUCUACCAAUGUGAUUUUGAUAUAGCAGGUCAAUAUGAUCCUAUGAUCCCUGACGCAGAAUGUGUUAGAGUCGUAUCAGAAGCUCUGACUUCUCUAGAUCUAGGACCUUAUGUUAUAAAGUUGAAUCAUCGUUCUCUUCUUGACGGUAUUUUUGCUGCAUGCGGUGUGCCACAAGAGAAAUUCCGAAGCAUCUGCUCAGCGGUAGAUAAAUUGGACAAGAGUCCUUGGGAGGAAGUUCGGAAAGAAAUGAUUGAAGAGAAACAAUUGGAUGGAGAUAUCGCUGACAAAAUUGGUAGUUAUGUAUCUAAAAAAGGUGGUAUCGAACUCAUCGAGCAACUACGCAGUGAUGCGAUUCUGAUGAACCAACCCGCUGCUGUGAGUGGACUCGAUUCCAUGGCACUGCUGCUCAAGUAUUGUGAAAUCUAUAAACUGUCCGACAAAAUUGUUUUCGACCUAAGCUUAGCCAGGGGACUCGACUACUACACCGGCGUUAUUUACGAGGCUAUCUUGACCGGUGAUGGCAUUGGCGUGGGAAGCGUAGCUGGUGGUGGUCGCUACGACAAUCUCGUAGGGAUGUUUGAUUCGAAAAAGAAACAAGUUCCUUGUGUUGGAGUGUCUCUUGGGGUGGAAAGAAUUUUCAGUGUGAUUGAGUCAAAACUAGCGAACAAAGGACAGAAGAUUCGCACCGCAGAGGUCGAAGUCUUUGUGGCUAGUGCACAGAAGAACUUACACGAACAACGAAUGGGUGUUCUCUCCGAACUAUGGGAGGCAGGAUUGAAAGCUGAACAAUCGUACAAAAAAAGUCCUAAGCUAUUAGCCCAGUUGCAGCAUUGCGAAGACAGUGGAAUCCCAUUGGUCGUAAUACUUGGAGAGGGGGAACUAGCGCGAGGAGAAGUUACGCUGCGAGAAGUUGCUACGAGAGCUGAACGAGCAGUUCCAAGGGCUAACCUCGUUGAGGAAAUAAGAAAAUGGCUGUCAAAUCCGGUCUCACCACCGUAACGUAUGUUAAAUACUUUCAGAUCUAUAUUAGCUAAUUAAUCAGGCCAAUAACUAAAUUAUUACCUCAUUAAUUUAUGCGACUGAUCAUUAUCACACGUUUCCUAACUGACUUUGAAUUUACUUGCGUACUUACGGAAUGCUCAGGUCGAUAAUCAAUUAUGCAUUUAUACGUAGGACGUGGUACAUCCAUUCAGUAAUUCAAUUGAUCACGAAGCGCUAUUAUUUGAGGCAAUAAGUCCAUGGGUGAAUAUUCGGAACUUGAAGUGUUAAUUUUAAUUUUGAUAAUGCACUCGAUAUAUCUGGUAUUUCGAGCCAAAGAAUGCCGAACUUGACAUAAAUGGUCUUAUGGUUGUAGGUAGAGCUAGAAAACUAAGUACAUACGUUCAUUAAUUUAUUGCACCAAUUUAUUUGAAAUAAAACACCAAAUGAUACAA